AUGGCUUUGAAGGACACGGGCAGUGGCGGCAGCACCAUCCUGCCCAUUAGCGAGAUGGUCUCCUCGUCCAGCUCGCCGGGCGCGUCUGCGGCCGCCGCCCCGGGGCCCUGUGUGCCCUCGCCCUUCCCCGAGGUAGUGGAGCUCAACGUGGGAGGCCAGGUCUAUGUGACCAAGCACUCGACGUUGCUCAGCGUCCCGGACAGCACUCUGGCCAGUAUGUUCUCGCCCUCCAGCCCCCGGGGCGGCGCCCGACGCCGAGGAGAGCUGCCCAGGGACAGCCGGGCGCGCUUCUUCAUCGACCGGGACGGCUUCCUCUUCAGGUACGUGCUCGAUUAUCUGCGGGACAAGCAGCUCGCGCUGCCGGAGCACUUCCCCGAGAAGGAGCGGCUCCUGCGCGAGGCCGAGUACUUCCAGCUCACCGACCUGGUCAAGCUGCUGUCGCCCAAGGUCACCAAGCAGAACUCACUCAACGACGAGGGCUGCCAGAGCGACCUGGAAGACAACGUCUCCCAGGGCAGCAGCGACGCGCUGUUGCUGCGUGGGGCGGCCGCAGCCGCGCCCUCGGGCCCGGGAGCGCACGGCGGCGGCGGCGGCGGCGGCGGCGGCGGAGGAGGCGGCGCGCCGGACAAGCGCUCGGGCUUCCUCACGCUCGGCUACCGCGGCUCCUACACCACGGUGCGAGACAACCAGGCGGACGCCAAGUUCCGGCGUGUGGCGCGCAUCAUGGUGUGCGGGCGUAUCGCGCUGGCCAAGGAGGUCUUCGGGGACACGCUCAACGAGAGCCGCGACCCUGACCGGCCGCCCGAGAAGUACACGUCCCGCUUCUACCUCAAGUUCACCUACUUGGAGCAGGCUUUCGAUCGCCUGUCCGAGGCUGGCUUCCACAUGGUGGCGUGUAACUCCUCGGGCACCGCCGCCUACGUCAACCAGUACCGCGAAGACAAGAUCUGGAGCAGCUACACCGAGUACAUCUUUUUCCGACCACCUCAGAAAGUAGUGUCACCUAAACAAGAACAUGAAGAUAGGAAACACGACAAAGUCACAGAUAAAGGAAGUGAAAGUGGGACUUCCUGUAAUGAGCUCUCCACUUCCAGCUGCGACAGCCACUCAGAGGCGAGCACUCCCCAGGACAACCCACCCGGUGCCCAGCAGGCAACAGCGCACCAACCCAACACCUUAACGUUGGAUCGCCCUUCCAAAAAAGCACCUGCGCAGUGGAUGCCCCCACCAGACAAACGCAGAAACAGCGAACUCUUUCAGACACUCAUCAGCAAGUCCCGGGAAACGAAUCUAUCCAAAAAGAAAGUCUGUGAGAAGCUAAGUGUGGAAGAAGAAAUGAAAAAGUGUAUUCAGGAUUUUAAAAAAAUCCACAUUCCAGAUUAUUUUCCAGAGCGCAAACGCCAGUGGCAGUCUGAACUGUUGCAGAAGUAUGGCUUAUAG